UAGAAACCUCCACUCAUUAACACAAACUUAAGACUUGUAUCGCUCUGCACCCCAGCCCAAAUCUACCUAUAAAGGAAAUGCUGGUUUGGAUACAACGUUCAAGAAAAUCAUGCAUUUCGAAUACAACUGGAUCGGAUUUACAUAAUUUGAAUAUAAAUCUGCAACUACAGCUUGAAUCUAGCUAUUAAAACUACUCUGAUAAUAGGAGAAAGUUAGUGAACUAAUCAGGACUAAUCCCAGGUAAAAUGGGGUGUUUAGGAGGAGGCGGGGGAUCGGGAGGCAAUAGUGGUGGCACGACUGACAUUGCAGAAGAAAAGGCUAAGAAAGAGCAGCACAAACAAAUUGAAAAACAACUGGACAAGGAUCGCAUGAAUUACAAAACAACACAUAGGUUACUUCUACUUGGGGCUGGAGAAUCAGGGAAGUCUACUAUUGUCAAACAGAUGCGAAUCCUUCAUGUAAAUGGAUUCGGUACAGAUGAGAAAAGACAAAAGAUAGAAGAUAUCAAAAAGAACAUAAGAGAUGCAAUUUUGACAAUAACAGGGGCAAUGAGUACAUUGAAUCCCCCAAUCUCAUUGGAGAACCCUCGUGAUCAAUUUCGUGUAGAUUAUAUUCAAGAUAUAGCCAGUCAGGCGGACUUCGAUUACCCUUCUGAAUUUUAUGAACACACUGAAAUCCUAUGGAAAGACCAAGGAGUUGUAUCGUGUUUUGAAAGGUCAAAUGAAUACCAACUGAUUGAUUGCGCAAAAUAUUUUUUGGAUAAAGUACAUUUAAUAAAGAUGCCUGACUAUACACCAUCUGAGCAAGAUAUAUUGAGGUGUCGAGUCCUUACAUCAGGUAUUUUUGAAACCAAGUUUUCAGUGGACAAAGUCAAUUUUCAUAUGUUUGAUGUCGGAGGGCAGAGAGAUGAGCGGCGUAAAUGGAUACAAUGUUUUAACGACGUCACAGCUAUUAUCUUUGUAACAGCAUGCAGUAGCUAUAACUUAGUUCUUCGGAAGAUCCAAGUCAGAAUAGGCUCAAGGAAUCCCUGGAACCUUUUAAAGUAUCUGGAACAACGGUGGUUGCGGACUAUAUCAGUAAUCCUAUUCCUAAACAAGCAAGAUUUACUCAAAGAAAAAGUAAAAGCUGGAAAAUCAAAAAUCGAGGAUUAUUCCCAGAUUAUGCCCGAUAUACAACCCCACAUGACG